AGACUUGUCGGCAGCUGCCUGGCCCAGGUACGCUGAGCUCUGACUCUUUGACUGUUUGCAACAGCCAUGUUCUGGCCCAGCUGAGCUCCCGCCCGGCACCCCAUGGGGAGCCCCACGCCGAGUGCCCUGCUGCUCCCCACUGCCUUCCUGCUCAGCCUCUUGCCUGCUGCAUCCAGGAAUCACCUGCCGCUCACCCGCCUACAAGUCCUCACCAACUUUGACUGCAAAGCCCAGGUGUUUGGUGUCCUGCCCAAACCCCGAUGCCAGCGCAAGCUGCGGGAAGGCCUGCCCCUGCCUGUGCCCACCCUUGCCCUGAGCACAGUUCAGCAAUGCCGAGCUGAAUGCCAGGCAUGUGUUCGUGUCCGCGUGGCUCUGAACGCUACAGGCAUUGAAGGACUGGAGCUGCAUUUCCUGGUUCUAAGCACUAAUAGUGCUGGCUGGCUUCAGGUGAUGAGCAGGCAGAGGCAACAGGCGGAUCCAGGAGCCUUGUGGCAGAUGCAGUUUGACUGUUUCCUAGCAGAGAGUGGCCAAGAGGUGCUUGUCUCCCUGGAAACCAUUCCUAAUGGGGUGCUGAGCCUCAACCAAACCCUUCUAGUCGCUAACAAGCAAUCAGGGCCUGAAUUCCAACACACAUGGGUGCCAGCUGCACGGGCCAUUAAAGUGUCUGUUCCGGAGGGCCCUGACAUCACUGUGCGCCUCUGCCACCAGCUGGCCCUGGAGUGCGAGGAAUUGCGCCCACCUUUCCACCAGCAGAUCUCAGUCUCCAAACAUCGGCCUGCUGUGCUGCCCUAUGAGCUCCUGCUUCCUUGUUUAUGCAUCGAGGCAUCCUAUGAGCAACUUGACGGCUUGCGCAAGAAGGUGUGCCCAUUCCAAGAUCAGCCGGAGGCCUAUGGUCCAGAUCUGUGGUCCUCAACACAGUUCCAUGACUACAGUAUCAGUGACAAAGCCGAAAUGGCUAUGUCUCUGAAUGGCCGUUGUUCACUUCACCCCAAUGUUUCCCUUUGCUGGAAGGAAAGUGCCGCUCCAGGAGCAACCUGUCAAGACAUCCCCAAUUCCACGGUCAUAUCGGACCAGGAGUACGUCCUUAAAGAAGUUGAUGUGCAUCCUCAGCUCUGCUUCAAGUUUUCCUACAGGAACAGCAGCCACGUUGAGUGCCCACACCAUACAGACCCUGCGUGGAAGGUAUCUCUAAGUGUCACAUUUUUGCAGCUCCAUUUAAAGAUCCACUCUCGCAUCCCAGCAUCCUUCAGCUCAGCCUUAUGCCGGCAGCAAUCUCCAACCCAGUGUGAGCUUGAACCUCCCGUCUACACUAUCACCCAUCCAGAGGGAUCUGCCCUGGGAGAACUGGAUCUCAUCCUUCCUUGGCGGGCCUUGAGCAGCUGUGUACUGGUCUGGCGUUCCGAUGUGCGCUUUGCUGGCAAACAGCUUCUCUGCCCAGAUGUUUCACACAGGCACUGGGGGCUGCUGGCCUUUGGAGUGGCUGUGGGACUGGGGCUGCUGGUGGCUGUUGUUCUGCUGAUUCGCUGGUGUCUGCACAGACUCCGUAGAGAUAUACCCAGCAGGCACCGUUCCCGUCCCAUCCUGCUGAUCUAUUCUCCCGAUUCGGAGGAGCACAAGCAGUUGGUCUGUGCCUUUGCCGCGUUGCUGCACUCCGCCCUGGGCUGCCCUGUGCUGUUGGACCUCUGGGAGCUGGGCCACGUGGGGCAGUUGGGCAUCCUGCCCUGGCUCUACGCCCAGCGCGAACACAUCGGCCGGGAGCAGGGCCAGGUGCUGCUGCUCUGGAGUGCAGGUAGCGCUCGUGCCUACGGACUCUGGCGAGGGAAGGCGAGUGGAAGUGGAAGCAAGGCCCCGGAGCCCCAUGACCUCUUUGGGGCGGCCAUGGCUUGCUUGCAAGGCGAAGUGCAGUGUGCAUCCGGGACCGCGCAACCGAGGGACUGGGUGAUCGCCUACUUCAGUAAACUGUGUGGCCGGCGGGACAUUCCCCGGGCUCUGCGCUUCCUUCCCCGCUAUCGCCUGCCUCAGGAACUGCCAGGCCUGGUCAGGGUGCUGCAGGGUCCUUCCAGCUCAGCACCCAGCUGGCUCCAUGCCAGCGCCAAGGCCAUGGUGUGCCGCCUGCUCAAGGCUGAGAAGAAGAAAGGUCCACGGAGCCGCCUGUAUCAACCUUGGAGGACAACCCCAGAGAGGCUGGCAGGCUCCCUCGUCCCUCUCGCCCAUCCCAAACUGCGCAGGCCGAGCUGCACUUGAGCUGCUGUGAAAAGACGCCCACCCCUGUGGGACGGGUGGGGCUUGUGAAAUGGAGCUGCCCCUACAGUUUUACCUGUGAGCGGGAGCGACGAAGGAGAAACGUCCGCCCCAUUAAUGGAGCCUCGAAAGCCAGGCAUUUGUAACUGGGCUGGGCCUGUUAGUCCAGUGCCCCCAAAAUCUAGGGCCAAACUCAGCCCAAGUACCUUAAGGGAAGGACAGAGACGCCGCUCUGCUCCCCAGCUAGGCCUCGCAUGGUGGCCAUGGUAACUGUUACCAUGGAGACAGUAGCGCAGUGCAUUAUGCUGGUAACGUACAAGGCAAAGGAAAGGUCGGAAGGCCACUUCAUGACCUUAGCGCGGAAAGAAGAUCUGUGCAAUAUUAAUGUUCUGCGUGGUCAUGUAUAAUUCAUGUCACAGUCCCUAAUGAGGCUGCCACCGAGAGUAAUGCUGAUCACGCCGGGCACUAGGAAAAUGCUGUCAUGGCCUCAUGGGGUAAUACUGACACUGAUCAUCAGCUGAUCACAGGACCCAUCACUUCAGGGCUGCAGUAGUAGGGUGCUUGCUGAGGGAAGGGAAGGGAAGGGAAGAGAGUGUGAGAGAGAGACUGACACCCCCGCCCCGAGGGGUAUUCCAGGGUGAGGGCUCUGAAUUUUCAGCUUUCAUUUAAAUAAGUGGUUCUGUAGCCCUUUUACUUGUGGAGCUAUAAGGGAAAGCAUGCAGGCAACAUUCUACCCAAUUGUACACUAAGAAGUAAUGCAAUUAAAUGGCUGUAAACAUGAUUAGGCCGUCUGUAGUUAUGUUCUGGCUAUCCGCCUGCCUCUCUUCAACCUCUCCUGCCAAACAUGAACAAAGCUAACAUAUUACCAA